GGCCCUUUUUGCUCUGUUACGCAUUCUCUUUACUCUUUUUCGUCUUCUCUCAGGCCUUUUUCUCGGACACGCAUUAUACUAGCUAUGAUUUAGAUGAUUGAACAGUGUCAACAGCACAAGGGUUGCAUUUUAUAAAGCAUUUUGGUGAUGAGAGAGGAAAGAUAAAGUUACUGUUGAAAAAAAUGGAGGCUGCACAGGAGCUGGAGAGAAGAAGCAAGUUCUUGAACAGUUUAAUUCAGAAGAAGAAAGCCAAAGAGCAAAAGGAUCAAAACGAUCGGUUUAAUGUUCAUGUUAGAGCCUCUGAUAUGCCCCUUCCUCUACAAAACAAAGCCUUCAAAUGCGCACGUGACCAUCUUGACGCCAUGCCUCAAAAGCUGGACAGUAAACGCCUUGCUCUUGCUCUCAAGAAGGAAUUUGAUUCUUCAGAUGGUCCAGCUUGGCACUGCAUUGUGGGAAAAAGCUUUGGUUCCUACGUUACACAUUCACUCGGAGGCUUCUUGUACUUUUCAAUUGACAAGAUUUAUAUUCUCCUUUUCAAAACUGCACUUGAGCCUUUAGACCAUUGACGGAUUAUACAAACAAACCCCAGUUUUUACAGGCUUUCGAUGAAUGUUUAUUAUUUAUGUAUGUCAAAGUAAAUGCAGAAUUCAUAAGCAUUUGUGUCUGCUUUUGUAGAAUUUUCGUCCCUGGCUUAUUGAACUUUCUUAAACUGCAUAAUACGACUGCUAAAUUCUUCUGAUUGAUAUGAACGGGCUGUACGAUAGUAUUAUAUAAGAAGUUUGAUUUUGUA